AUGUCGAAACUCGUCGUUGUCAUUGGUCUUACAGGGCAACAGGGAGGAUCAGUUGCUGAGGAGCUUCUCAAGCAUGGCUGGAGGGUGCGAGGAGUCACCCGUAAUCCAAACAAAGCCCAAAGCUGGAGUGAUCGAGGAGUGGAGGUAGUUCAAGGUGAUCUCGAUGAUAAGGCAUCUCUUUUGAAGGCAUUUAAAGGGGCAUAUGGAGUAUUUGGUACUACAGAUUUCUGGGGUCCAGUCUUCGACCCUUCCAGCAAGUCUAAGCUCAAAGAUGGUCAAAAGAUUAACGAGUACGCCUUCGACAUUGAAGUGGCCCAAGCGAAGAACAUUGCCGAAGCUGCAGCUGAAACAGAAGGUUUACAGAGAUUUGUCUCUAGCGCGUUACCAAAUGUCAAUGAAUGCACUUCUGGCAGGCUGAAACAUGUCUACCAUUUUGACAGCAAGGCUGUUGUUGUUGAGUACAUCAAAAAGUCUCUUCCCGAACUUGCAAGAAAGAUGUCCGUCAUUUAUAUUGGAUCUUAUAUGACGAAUUGGGGACAGGGUCUACAACCAAAACAAAAAUCAGACGGAACGUGGCAUUUGUCCCUUGUUGGCAAAGGUGACACCCCAAUACCUCUUCUCUUCACGGCAAAAGACACCGGUAUUCUAGUUCGCUCUCUUCUGGAGGACCCCCCAGGCAGGACUAUGUCAGGGUCUUGUGAUAUGUUGUCAUGGAAGGAAUGCCUUGAAAUUUGGUGCGAAACUCAGGGACUCACUUAUGGUGGCUUUGACGAGACCUCAAUCGAUGAGUUUGUUCACAAAUCCGGCAUGGGCCCUGACCUUGGUUUGGAAUUUGCCGAGAUGUUCGAGUUCAUGGACAGUCCGGGAUACAAUGGGACAGAUCGCCAUGUCAUGAUCCCCAAAGAGUGUGGUUCAGUGGCCAAUGACUUCUUUCGAGACCUGGUGUAG